AAAUUCUUGAAUGGCUCUACCGAUCAUGCGUCUCUCUUCUCCCAACAGGGCAAGAAAGGUCCUAACCAGGACGCCAUGAUCGUCUUGGAGAAUUUUGGGUCAAUGGAGGACACUGUAUUUUGUGGUGUAUUUGAUGGACAUGGUCCUUACGGUCACAUUAUCGCAAAGAGAGUCAGAGAUUUGCUUCCGCUCAAAUUAGGCUCUCACUUGGAGUCCUAUCUCUCCUGCGAGGAGGUUCUUAAAGAGAUCAGCCUCAACACUGCUGACAGAAUGACCUCUGGCAGCCUUGUGCAAAUAUCUGCUAAUGGUGAAUCCCGAGUCUACAACAAGGAUCAGGAUAUGGUUCAGAUGUUGUUGAUCUCGAUUGUUAAAGCCUACAGAUUCAUGGACAAAGAAUUGAAGAUGCAAGUGGAUGUUGAUUGCUUUUGUAGUGGUACUACUGCAGUUACUAUGGUUAAGCAGGGUCAACAUCUUGUUGUUGGAAACAUUGGGGAUUCAAGAGCAGUAUUGGGUACGAGGAAUAAAGAAAAUAAACUUGUUCAUUUUCAGUUAACUGAAGAUCUCAAACCAGAUGUUCCAGCUGAAGCAGCAAGGAUAAAGAGAUGCAGAGGACGUAUAUUUGCUCUCCGGGAUGAACCAGGAGUUGCCCACCUCUGGCUUCCUAACCACAACUCACAUGUUCUGGCCAUGGCGCGUGCUUUUGGAGAUUUUUGCCUUAAGGACUUUGGUCUCAUUUAUGUGCCUGACGUGUCCUACCGACGCCUCACUGAGAAAGAUGAAUUUGUUGUCUUGGCAACUGAUUGGAUAUGGGAUGUAUUGACGAAUGAAGAAGUUGUGGAGAUUGUAGCGAAAGCACCAACACGUUGCACAGCUGGCCGAGCCUUGGUGGAAGCUACAGUGAGGAAUUGGAGAUGGAAGUUCCCCACUUCAAAAGUCGAUGACUGCGCUGUAGUUUGCCUCUUCCUUGACUCGAAACCAGACAAAUUAUCAAUUGCUUCUUUCUCAGUGGAUAAACACAUCAGCAAUGGCCUUACUGAACCUGAUACAACAUCAACGUCAACUCCUGGCUCGGGAACCGAAUCACCUGAGCUCAAUGGUGUCGAAGAGUCGACAGAAUCGACACACUCGUGACAACCAAAGAGUAGGGAGAUAGAACAGAGGCAGGAGGUGAAAAUGUGAGAUUAGACUUUGUCUAUCUCUCUCUCCCUUUCAGUUUUUUAGUCUCUAAAUGUCUCUUAUGCUCUAUGUUCCCGUCAAAAGUCACUGUUUGUAUAUAUAACAAUGCCAAUACUUUUGCUAAGGUCUCUAAUUUUUUUCCCUUUUUUUGUAAAUAAAUUUCUUAAGCCGCAUUUCUGUUUUUUUGAGCAAUUUUUAUAUGUUAGAAACCGCAUCUGCUUUUUAGACCCAAAGUGAUGUUCACAGUGUUUACACUGCUUUUGUGCCUUUAAGGCUUUAUUUUGGUUUCUAUGCUGAGAGGCACAUAAAUCCAAGGCAAGAGUCCUUGAAUCAUGAUCCUUCCUCAGAUAACAUCAGCGUUUCAGAAGAACUGAUAAAUAGUGAAUAUAGAAUGUGGCAUGCCAAGGAAUCUUUUUCAAAUAGUUGUAAAUCA